AUGGGCAGCGUCCCCGACGAUGUCGACCGCCUGCAGGCUUGUGCAGAGGGCGACUAUCAGACCUUUCUCAGGCUGUUUCAGAUCGCGUGUGAUGUCCAGGCCAUCGUGGGCGUAAGCCAGGGAGGGGAGAGUAUGGGGCACUUGAGGGCCGAGCGCCUCAAGGCCAUGGGCCUGUCGUUGUACGGGCCGGCGAGUACCGUCACCCUAGUUUCGAAUGGCGCAGGCGUGCUCUUCGUGCUGCAGAGGGAUAGCUUGACGAGCUUGGUGUUUGAAGGCGUCCAGUUUGACCUUGACCCGGGGGAGGACGUCCCGGUUGAUUUGAUUCUCAAGGCUGUGUUGGAGACCUCCCAGAACGUCGAUAUUGAUGACUUGAAGGCCAUUCUCUCCAGUAUCAAGUUUCCCAUCCGUUUGGAUGAGACGGAUGGCAUUGCCGAUAUUAACUCGGGCGGCCUGGAUAUUCCGGGCGUCACCCUCACCAGGUCCGAGUUUUAUACCAGCAGGGUUCUUGCUAUGAUGAUGAAGACGGAUAUUUACGAACAAGGGUUUUACAAGAAAUACGUUCACAGCGAUCGUCUGGGCACCACCUUCACUGCUGUUCGCGAGGGGGAGACUGCCACGCUCACCAAGAUCAACGUCCUCCCGGAUGCCCUCAGCAGACCUGUCAAAUGUGACGCCGACAUUAUCGGAGAAGAUCUCUUCAUGCACCGCCGAAAGGGACGGAAGGAUCGCUUCCGUCUCAGCUGCGCCGUGUCUGUCAAUAUCUGGGAGGAGUAUGAGUCCCCGGAAUGGUUUGGCUACAUCCAUCCCCCCCCGAACGCAGACGCCAUCAGACCCGCCGACUUGACCCAGCUCAAGGAGAGGCUCGAAGCGUACGGCGUCCCGGAUGGCGGAGAGGUUUGCAGGCUUGUGUUCCACUGCCUUGCCCACAAGUCUCGCAAUUCAAACGUCAAGGUCGACACCUUGUCGGCCGCGAGGGGCUACUUUAUGUACCUAAAAAACUUCCUCAAGCAUGGCACCACCGGCACCUCUUUCAACCAUAUUGUCGAGGGCGAUGAGUUGGCCGUUGUCUAUGAUGGCCUUGCAUACAGGGUUUCAUCGCCGCAGACGGAGAUUCGACAUCGGAGUCUGUUUCAUAGUUUGCUCAUCAGUGACGAGCGCGAGAGAAACGGAAAAAAUGUUCCCCGACGAUCCAUCCUGCGCCGUAUGAGCAGCACCUCGGAAAUCGUGUUAUCGGUGUGCAAGGACAUCACCUACCUCAACGCCGAAUACGACGAAGAAGGUGGGACAUUGUAUUCGGCAUCAGCUGAGGAGGAGAAUGUUUCUGAAGCUUGGGCCACCUGCACGGCGUUGUAUGCGUGUGAUGGGUACGGCAGUUUAGAGGGCUGCUUCAACUGCGCCAUUGAGUCGCGACGAGGAGCGAUCGUAGACGAGUCAGCCGUCUUCACGAAUGAUGUCCAAGUACCCGUUGUCUUUGACAAGCUCUUCCGCAAGAAUUCUAUAGCCGAGGAAAUGUCCGGCAUGAGUGAGGCCAGGGGGCCCACGUAUCCCGGUGCGUUUAUCUCUGGGAGAGAUCAGUGCAACGAACGCACGUUCCUGGCUGGCAAGUCGCACAAUAUGACAAGUAUGACCCUCGCCAGUGUUCUUCGAAACGACCUUCGACUCAAGCCGAUCGGAAUUAUGCUUGGCGAAGGCCGGUACGUUGCUGAAGAGCAAGGGGCUACGCCCGCUUCGCAGCUUCUGGUGCCUCAAUCUGAAAUGAGUGGUGCCACGUGCCUAGCCCAUCCUUAUCCUUAUCCUCCUCUUUGCUCAAGAACCAAGUUGAUUUUGCCCCCUAUGUAGCCAAUUGUUGUGAAGCGCUUUUGCAUGUAUGUGUACAGGAGAUGGGUUUUAGCAUUACAGGCUAUUCAAUGCGUUCGAGACAUCUGAUGAUAUAGGCACUUGCUUGUAAGCGUCCACUAUACACUACCUGUAGGUAUACAAAAUAUGUGCCAUUGAACACGGCAGGCAAAGGGGGAGAAGGAAAUAGUGAAAUAAACAGAACACAUGUCGUCUGGUGACCGCACCCGCAUGGCAAUAGUUAAAAACCAUGAA